GUCUAAAAAAAAUAUCCCAAUCUAAAAUAAGGGUUAAAAUAAAAGUAAGAAAGGGUUCAAAUAAAAUAUUUGGUAAUUCUACAGGAGAAUCACUGCUCUACUAGUAUACAGUAGUGCCUACUACCCUCUUGUGGCCAAGGAAAGAUAACGCACCUAAAAUAAUUUGGUUAAAACCGGAAGUUUCAGACGCCAUGGAAACACACGACGCUGACCUGUGCUGCUAAAUGAAUAGCUAGCUAGCAUCAAACGAAUAGCUUCACCAUCAAACUGUUGAAAUUAAUGUCUCGGAAAGCAAUGAAAGUGGUAGUUGACUUACAGUUUAGAGCGGUAUCAUGCCCUGGUGUGCAUUUGCCAGCCAAGGAUGACAUCUACCUCAGUGUGUGCUUCAUGAGCCAAUACCGCAAGUCUGUGUGUCUCCCCCCUGUCUUCCCUCUCCUGUUUCGAGAGAAGAUGAGAUUUGAGAAAGUGUUCCACUAUGCUGUUGACCCAGGAGAUGUUGCAGAGAUGCUGGAAUAUGAAACGGUCAAAGUUGAAUUGGUACAGUUGAUCCCCCCAGUGGGGGAGGCCCUGGCCUGCUUUGAGGAAGAUGCCAGACGCUUCCUAUUUCCAGAGCCCAAAUUGGUUCCAUCCUUCUCUGGAGUGGACAGAGAGGUUCUCAUGACACGCUCCAUUAGCUUCCCUGGCAUUGCUCCAAGGUUAGAGUUCUCCACCAGAACAACCAUCAGUGAGUGCUCUGCGAACGCAGAGGUCAACAGCACCCAUCUCAGGUUUCCAAUGAGGACAGUGGUGCCAAAGAAACGCACUAAAAGGUCCCGAAAGGUACACCGGAGAGGAGAUUGGGACGGUGCCUGGCGGGCACCAGUGAUGCCCAGAUCACGCUCCCUCUCCCCGUGCAAAGCCAGCCAGAUGGACGGUUGUCAUGGAAACAUGGGGCGGCUGGCACAGCUCAGUUUGGGUUCCAGCUGGGAUAUAGAUGAGGAGUUUUUACCCCGUCAUAAAAGCGAUCCCUUGCUUGGGACUGGACACUCCCCUACACCCCACCUCUCCCCUGUCAUGGCCAGACCCACCCUGAUCAACGACUCCUCUCCUCGUCUCCCACAGUCCCUGUCCUCUGACACAGACAAUCUCCUGGACUACCCACCAGGUCCAAGCCAACGGUGUUCACUGGUUAACAUAGGGAGAUCCUCUAUCGCUACACCCAGCCAUUCCAUGCUUUGGCACUCCUACAGGGAAAGCUCGAGACAAAAUGGGUCACGCCCCAGCUCCCAGGGCAUGUGGGAGGAGGUCCAACACCGCGUCCGAGGACUCCUUACCACCCCUAGAGCGGUGCACAGACUCGCCCAUGGGGCCACAGACUCCGAGAUAGACGAGGUGCUAGCCCGGAGGUCCAUCUCCCCUAACCGAUGCCCACCCUAGGGAGUCAGUGGGGAACGGCCUGGGAAGGGGUGCCGUUCACUCAACAACUUGAAGCUUUAUCUUCUAUACAACCAGUGAAGAAGCCAAAGUGUCCUGUUCAUUUCGGCAUUGAUUUCAUACGAUAAUGAUGUCAUAAUUCACUCUGUGUGUGUUACGGUUGGCUGAAAUUAAGUAUUAAGGCGUACGGUGGCUAUUGAAGAGAAGUGAUUGACCAGAAUUCAAAGCAUCUCAUUAUAUUAACGCUAAUGUUAUUAGUCAUUUUGUAUGUUUAUUUAUGGUAUUGAAUUGAGGCAGAAACCAUAGAAAUGUAUGUCAUUAUAGUCGUGUUCUGUGGACAUGGUCAUUUUGUGUGAAUAAAUCGUUUUGUGUAAUCUAACAAAAAGAAA